GGGUCCAGGUGUGCGGUUAUCGGGUAUCAGGACUCAGAGUUUCCCAACUUCUGAAGGCGGUGAGGAUGGUUCCCCGAACCCUCCUCCUGCUGCUGUCGGGGGCCCUGGCCCUGAGCAAGACAUGGGCGGGCUCCCACUUCCUGCGCUUCUUCCACACCUCCGUGUCCCGGCCUGGCCGCGCGGAGCCCCGCUUCAUCGGCGUGGGCUACGUGGACGACACGCAGUUCGUGCGCUUCGACAGCGACGCCGCGGACCCGAAGGCAGAGCCUCGGGCUGCAUGGGUGGAGCGGGAAGAUCAGGCGUAUUGGGACAUGCAGACGUGGAGAGCCAAGGGCGCAGCACACAGCGACAAGGUGGACCUGCAGACCGCACUGCGCUACUACAACCAGAGCGAUGAGGGUUCCCACACCUUCCAGAGGAUGUAUGGAUGCGAAGUGGGGCCCGACGGACGCUUCCUGAGUGGGUACGUGCAACUCGCCUACGAAGGCAUGGACUACAUCGCUCUGAAUGAGGACCUGAGCUCCUGGACCGCGCGGGACAUGGCGGCUCAGAUCGCACAGCGCAAGUGGGUGGAGUCCCGUUAUGCAGAGCGCUACCGCGCCUACCUGGAGGGGGAGUGCGUGGAGUGGCUCCUCAGAUACCUGGAGAACGGGAAGGAGACGCUGCAGCGCGCAGAGCCUCCAGAGGCACAUGUGACCCGCCACCCCGUCUCCAAGGAACAGGUCACCCUGCGGUGCUGGGCCCUGGGCUUCUACCCUAAGGAGAUCUCCCUAACCUGGCAGCGGGAUGGGCAGGAGCUGAUCCAGGAGAUGGAGCUGGUGGAGACCAGGCCUGAUGGGAAUGGAACUUUCCAGAAGUGGGUGGCUGUGGUGGUGCCUUCUGGAGAGGAGCAGAAUUACAUGUGCCGGGUGGAACAUGAAGGGCUGCCUGAGCCCCGCACCCUGAGAUGGGAGCGGCCUCUUCAGCCCUCCAUCCCCCCUGGAGUGGUCAGAGCCAUAGGAGCCACUGCCAUCACCAGUCUCCUUGUGGUCACUGCUCUGGUGGCUGUUGUGAGGUGGAGGAGAAUGAGACCAGGUGUACAAGGAGGGAACUACACUCAGGCUGCAAGCAGUGACCAUGCCCAGUGCUCUGACUCAUCUCUUGUGACUUGAAAGGCAUGAGAGAGCUGCCUUUUUUGAGACGGAGACAUGUUAAGACUUCAGGAAUCCCUCAGUGCUUUUUCUGCAGUUGGCUUCUGAAUGUGUCCACAUUUCUGGUGGCGGCACACUAGGGGCAUCUGACAAGAUCACCUGACUUGUACCCCACAGUGACCUGUAUUCCCUUCCUGGUCAACGUUCCUGUUUCAGCAGAAGCAGAGCUGAGCCUCCCACAUGCCUGUGUUAGUAUCAUGGUACACUGAGCUACAGGGUCUUACUGCCCUGCUGUACAGGGAGUGGUCAUCCAAACGUUGUACUGGGGGCCCGUCAGACUCUUGGUGGCCUUCUCAGGGGAGUAUAGUGAGGGAUAAAGAAAAAGAGAAAUUUGCAGAUUCAGGGGAGCAGGAGGUCAGUGCCUCAGACUGGGCAAAGACAGAGGCCUCUGGCUGGCCCACUUUGUUAGCCAGUGAGAAACACAGGGCGGGGAGUAUUGUACUUUUCCUAGAAGAGGGACUGCAGUAAGAAGGAGGAGGUAGGAUGAGGAACAGAUUUGAUAUCACAAAGGAAACAAGUUAAGAUCUUUCCCACAAUGGGUAUAUGCUUGCUUUGUGUUGUCCUCAGCAGAUGUUAUCUUGCAUUGGGAUCCCUGGAGAUUUGUCCCGCCCAGCCAGGAAGCCUACAACCUUCCACAGAAACUUUUCUACUUUUGAAGCAAGUCAAAGUCAAUGUUGAGGCUUUGGGGACCGGGGCUGGAGAUUUAGCCCAGCGGCAUAAGCGCCUGCCUUGCAAGCAGGCAGUUGUGAGUUCAAUCCCCAGUACCGAUAAAAAGGAAAGAGACAAAAAAAAAAAAAAAAAAAAAAAAGAAAAGAAAGAAACUGUGGGGACCUGUAGUUUGGGCCCCCAUAUAGCCUGGUCCCUAACUGUUGGGAGCCACUGAGCUAGUGAUCGUUCACACAUGUGUGAGAGCACAGAGUACUAGAGGUAAACAGGUGUUCCAGCUCUACAACCAGAAAAACAUCAGUGUAAGAAGGAAGCUAGUUAAGCAAAAUGAGGUGGAAUAACAAUUGUAUAAAUAAACCCAUUGCGAUGACUGAGCAGCCUCCUCCCAUCUGGACAGGGGCUCCACCUGACCACAGCUUUGUGUCUCUUUUUGUUUUCGUCAUCCUCUCAUUGUUCUUCCCCUUGGGAACUUAGAGAGCUCUUGAAACUACUGGCACCCAACACCCUUGUGCAGUGAAAUUGUCCUCCAAAACUUAGCCAAAAUAAUGCCAUCUUGAUUUUUGUUUUGUUUUAGUUUGGGUUUUUUUUUGGUACUUGGAACUCAGGACCUUGCACUUGCCAGACAGAUGCUUGUGCUACUGAACUAUGUCCCCAGCCCAGUAAUUCCAUCUUUUAAGGGACCCCCCCCCAUCUGUUGAGUCUGUGUGUCAACUGCAGCACAAGGUCAUCCUGAACUCCACCCCUGGUGAGACAGUUGCUUAGCAAUGGAGGGUAGCAGUUAGUGACUUAAUAGUGCUGCCAGUCCCCAAAUGGUCUCCUGUUCUGUACUUUAAAACUUCAUUUACUGGCCAAACUCGACUUGCAUGACCCAUUCUUUGGACCACUGCCACUCUCAAUUCAGAGGCACAUGUUCCAUUUAAUAUCUCUUGGAAAUUCAAACACAUGUUGAAAGUAAAAAUCUGAAUAUAAAUUUGUGUUUUCAACUUCAUCACAUAAGGUGUUGAUUGAUUAAUUAAAGAUUAUUUUCUAUAGCUUGAGGCAGAAAUAAAUGGAAGUGCUGAACACUUUCCCUUGGAUAGAUGGUACCUAGAACAAAGUCUAAUAUAAAUUUACAUUUGGAAAAUA